AUGUCGCGAUCUCAGGUAUCGAAUCCAGCUGCUGGUCCUAGCAAAGACCUCAGCAGAAAACCCAGACCGACUGCCUUCGCACCCGACAUGGACAAACCCAGAGUAUACAGCCUUGCGAGAAUGCGAGAAAUUGACGAUUGGAAGAAUGAACUAUUUUUCACGUAUCGGAGCUUUUCCUACAAUGGAGUUGGUAUGCUCAACUUUAUGAUGGCACCACAUAUCUGGUUCAAUCUCCCCAUAGUAAAUCUACGCAUGGGCGAUGACUAUGACCCCGUUAUCGAGUACAACCAAGAGCUCCCUACGCUCAGAUUCGAGACAGAACUGGGAUCUAGCCAUAUGUUUGCAGACUCAGCCUUUUUCUACCUCAGCCUCAACACCGAGAGUAAACAGGCGCGUAUAGUAUACUCAAGCACCAUACCAGCUGAUGAGAGAAUAAUUGCAACAUCAGAGAGUUCAAGGAAUUUGGGCCUUCGAGAUGAUCCCUUCUCUUUUCUCACCUGUGCGCUGAGUUCCAUCCUGCAGGAGCAGGGGGCGAACGCACAUCCUUUUUCCGCAGCUAUCAGUGAAAUGGAGCAAUAUAGCAACUCUCUCAAAUACGAGAUUGUAGAGGAAGAAGAGACAAAAGUCAAGGAGACGGCGAUCCAGCUCAAGAUCUGCCUCCCAUAUAUGGAGAAGAUCUUGGAGUUCGUCGAAGGCAUGAUUCAAAUUAUUGAGGAUACCAUUAAAGAAUCUCCAGACUCUACGCUCACAAGCAAUUUCUUUCAAGAAUUAUCAAGAGACGCGUAUAAGAAGAGUGAACAUCUGCUUGUCAACGGCCUUUUGACAAAGCUUUCAUCUAUGCUGAGCCUCCGAACAAAAUGCGCCAUCAAGGCUAGCACCGAGGCAACGACGAGGUUGACUAAGGCGAACCGGGAAGAUAGCAUCAGAAUGAAUGAGAUUGGGGUUGCCAUGAAGCUUGAUAGUGAGGCCAUGAUUGCCAUUGCCAAGCUGACCAUGUUUUAUCUCCCCUUGACAUUUGUGGCGACUAUUUUCAGUAUGGGAAUAUUCAACUUUGACUUUGACAACGGCAAGAAUGGACGUCUUAUCUUGUCCAGCCAGUGGUGGAUGUACAUCAUCUUCGCCAUCCCUCUCACUCUGGGAACGUUUUACUGGCUCAGAGCAGUUACUAGAUCACAUAAACAGGCAAGCCAAAAGGCCGAACGAGAAGCCAGGCAGCCUGAAUGA